AUGGCCGCGCGCCCCAGCCCGCUCUGGCUCCUGGGCCUGGCGCUGUGCGCGCUGGGCGGCGGCGGCCCCGGCCCGCGCCCCCCGCCCGGCUGCCCGCCGCGCCGCCUGGGCCCGCGCGAGCGCCGCGACCUGCAGCGCGAGAUCCUGGAGGUGCUCGGGCUGCCCGGGCGGCCCCGGCCCCGCACGCCGCCCGCCGCCGCCCGGCCGCCCGCGUCCGCGCCGCUCUUCAUGCUGGACCUCUACCACGCCAUGGCCGGCGACGACGCCGAGGACGGCGGGCCCCCCGAGCGGCGCCUGGGCCACGCCGACCUGGUCAUGAGCUUCGUGAACAUGGGUGAGCGCGGGCCCGGGGGGCGGCGGGGCCCGGCGGUGACGCCCGACCUCCGCCUAGCGCGCGUGCGGGACGGCGGGCUGUGUCUGCGCCCAUCGGGCCCCGGGGGAGGGACGCGGGCUGCAGGGGAGUUGCGUCCCCUCAAGUCCUCAGCCUCCAUGCUCCUGGGCCCGCCCAGGCCCCGGCAGAGGGGUCCCUGCUGUGUCCACGUGCAGGGCCACCACCCUCAAGUGACCGCCCUCUCUCCUCUCUCUGUCUCAGGGCUCAGCGUGGAUCCUGGCCUGGCCGGUCUGCUGGGGCAACGGGCACCGCGCUCCAAACAGCCCUUCAUGGUCACUUUUUUCAGGGCGAGCCCCCGUCCUGUCCGAGCCCCUCGGGCCGUGAGGCCGCUGAAGAGGAGGCCCCCGAAGAAAACCAACGAGCUGCCGCACCCGAACAAGCUCCCGGGGAUCUUUGAUGACGUCCACGGCUCCGACGGCCGGCAGGUUUGUCGUCGGCACGAGCUCUAUGUCAGCUUCCAGGACCUCGGCUGGCUGGACUGGGUCAUCGCCCCCCAAGGCUACUCGGCCUAUUACUGUGAGGGGGAGUGCUCCUUCCCGCUGGACUCCUGCAUGAACGCCACCAACCACGCCAUUCUGCAGUCCCUGGUGCACCUGAUGAAGCCAGACGCUGUCCCCAAGGCAUGCUGCGCGCCCACCAAGCUGAGCGCCACCUCCGUGCUCUACUACGACAGCAGCAACAAUGUCAUCCUGCGCAAGCACCGCAACAUGGUGGUCCGCGCCUGCGGCUGCCACUGAGGGCACCCCGUCCACUCGGCGCCUCCCCCAGCUCAGGCCCCUCUGCAGAGGCGGGAGCCCCUCAAACCCAGCCAGCCCCAGGCGGGGUUGGCACAGAGGGCCCUCCGAGAUCAACAUGUCUGUGUCCCUGCCUCCCUCCUGCCAGGCUGGGUCCUCUCCAGGCCCCUCCUCCUCUCUGCCCUGUCUGAGGUUGUCACAGACUUCUGGCUUCCAGUCCUCGUGUUCUGAGUCAUCAAGCAAGCUUCUACCCCAGCCCCCUCACCCCUCCAGAGGCAUGUGGUGACCAGCUCUUUGGGGCUGGCACAAAAGUCCUGUCUGUGGCCCAGGCUGUGGGCAGAUGUGGGAUGAACCGAGAGCACCUGGAACCCAAGAUGGGCCCCUCAGGCUCUUCACUAUCCAUUCCAGGGUUUGCCGGUGUGUAGACAGGAUCUGGUCCACCUCUGGUUGCCUGCCCUUCCCAGGUGCAAAACUGGGCAUUUCUAGGCAUUUCUGUUAGAGAGCGUGGCGUUGCCCUCAGUGUUCCAUAUUUGCAUCUGAAUUACCAAACUGCUGACCACAGGGUACGCAUGUGGGUCAACUCAAGAAAGAGCUGAAUGAACACAAGAGUUAGGGCUAAGGCCAAUGGAGUUUACCUUCCCCUGUCUUUCUGCCUUGAUACGCCUCUUCUGCCUGGGGCAGACAUGCAACGCAUGGACAUUUUGCCUUUGGAGAAACAAAAGAUCUUGGGGCCUUCGAUGACCCAUCUAUCUGUCAGCAUGGAACCAUCAGGAGUUCAGCUCUGUGGAAAAGCUAUCUUUUCACUGAGACAAGUACGGUGGAUACAUUGUGUGGCCCAAGAUGACAAUGCCCAGCACAGAUGACAUAAUUUCCCUUGCCUUUCUGCAUGGCAGACAUCAAUAAUCAACCCCGAUAUUUUUCCUUCCAAAUCUGGAUAGAAUUUCAAAAUGAUCAGCACAGAACUCCAGGCAGCCACUGCCAACAGACUAGAGUUGGCAUAUGAAGUGAGAAUUGUUUGCCAUCUCCUGCUAAGGAGCAAUCCAUUCCACCCAGAGCAAUGCAUCUUUGACACUGGGCAGCCUGUGACAAGGUGUGGGGCGAGGGUGGGAGCUUGUCCAGAAGUUGUCACAAACAGGCUGGUGACCAAAGUUUUUGUCACCUUGUAUGCCCAGGAGCCCUGUCCUGUUUCUUGGGACCUGUGAGCCAAAGAAAAGGCUGCUGUCCCCGGGGAGUGACAGGUGGUAAUUAGGCUGAGCUGGGUGGGGAGGUUCCCGGAAACCACUGUUCUCCUUGGAACAGCCGCAGCAGCUGGAGUGUUUAUUUGAUUUCUGACUCGCUAAGCCUGUAAUUUACCUGCUGGCGCAGACAGAGUCCAGCUGCCCGAACCCUGAAAUACUGUGUCAUUAAAAGCAGAUCCUGGGCCCACCCCAGACACAGGCACAGCCCAGCUGAGGCCAAAAACUGGAGUGUCCGAGGAUGUGCAGCUCUGGAAUUCACUCCACACCCUGAGGAGGGGCUCCGGGGAGCAGAUCGGGCAGCAGGGGUGGAGGCUGGGGCCAUGCUGCGGGACAGCAGCCCCUCCACCCGGACCUGGGAGCAAGUGCGGAGGAAGAGAUCCUGCCCAUGUGCACAAAGGGCAGCCCAGCCUGUCUGGAAGGCAUUAAGGUCCCCAUCAGUGUAUGGCUCUGUGCUCUGGCCUAGAUGCUAGGAGACCUAACUUGUGGGUAGCUUCCUCCUCUGGGCCUUAUUUCCCAUCUGUAACAUGAAGGCCUGGGACUUUUUGAUCUCCAAAGGGCCUUCAGCCAGGGAAUCUGUGUCUGCCGACCCUUUCUCACACUGAGUCCAGAUGCAACCUCUUCCCCCUGGAUGCCGAGCUCAGGUGGCCAUUACGAAUCCAAACUGGCACAUAACCCAGAACCUACUGGCCAUUCUAGUACUUAUCUCACAAUCUUCUCUUCCCAACAGCAGGGAGCGUCUUCUAGGUGAUUGUAAAUUUUAAAUUCCAAUUAUUUUGAGAACUAAUUUUUUACUUCACCUGGUAUCUUUAGUGCCCAGCAAAGUUGGGGGUGAACUAGAAAUGUCUAUAAAUUACCCAAAGUUCCGUAGAUGUGGAAUACACCUUCCCUGUCAAUCCAGCAGUGCACAGCAGGAAGGAAUAGGACUUGCAGUCCUUUUUAAUGCAGAACAAGUCAAAAACAGUAAGUCAUCACCUACCUGCCUGUCAGACUUCUAGCAACUUUUGCCGCCAGACAGUCACCAAAUGAAAUCAAAUAGAAAGAGCCCUGAGCAGUGAAACAAUUCUGAGUGGUCACAAAACCCAUGCAUUUUGUUCCGUGAGUUAUCUGGUUGCCGAGCCACACACGGCCGCUGCAGUGGGCGGCCCAGGCUGGCAGAUGCGCAGCACAGAUACCACUGUUUCCUUCUCUUGCUCAGGGCAUGGCUUGUUUAUCUGGUGGCACCAGACUUGAAGGAUAAAUACAGGUAGUCAGCUCAGACCCGGUGACAGCAAUGCAAAAUCAAUGACAGCUGACAGGAAGGGAAGACGCAUGGAAAAGGGGCUAAGGAGAAAUGCACAGCAGACUUGGUAUUUGCAGUGCAAUACUGGCCUCAUGACCAAGUCAUCAUAAUGCCAGUGUUCACCAUCUUCUAACUAAGGCAGGGAAUUCACACGUUCUCGAAAAAACCCUCAGAAAUAGGAAGAGAGGCAGCAUAGCAAGAGUACAGAUUUUUGGAGGCACGUGGAUUUGCAUUCUGGUUCUUCUUCCUCUGCGGAGCAGCAGACCGGUUCUUUCCUUCUGAGCCAUCAUAAAGAUGAGAUGUGGACACACUUAGGACAUCUGGCACAUAAAUGCUUAACAACUGGUACUUGGUAUUAUCGCAAAUGAAUUUGCUAAUUUUGAGCCCCUUCUGUGCUUGUCCACUAACCUUCCUCCCAGAACGUGUUCAGAGCUGUGCUUUUUCCUAAAAAAUCUACACGCCACAAUCCGUUGCGGGUAGGACCUGCUUUAAAGGUCUAAGCAAGAGCCUGGUUAUGCCAGCCCUGGCUAGGGCUGGGACACUUUACCCUGUGUUCCCGGAGACUUGGGGACCCCAGAGGCCUGCCGGCGCUCAGCACUCCAGGUGCCUCUUUUGGCAAUUUGAACGGGGGACUGUCCAUUCUGCUUUUACUACUUACGGGAAGGCCUUUUGCAAAUACUUGACCCACUUUUUUAGAAAAAGUGUUUUUCAUUUACCACAAAAGUAAUGUAGUUAUGGAGGAAGUUUGGAAAAAAAAAAAAUACAGUUCAAAUCACCAUAGUCCUCUGAUAAACACACUAUCAAUAUUUUGAUGAAUUUAUUCCUAGGAUUUUUUCUUAGGAUAUACAUAUAAACAUAUAUGUUCACAUAUUAUAGAUAGGUAUUUUAAAAAAUUGGGAUCAUACUUUAUUAAUUGCUUUGAGAUAUGCUUUUCCUGCUUUGUUAUAUGGUGAAAAUUUCCCUGUUAAUAAAUAUUUUUCGAAAA